AUGCAGCGCAAUUCUACCCGCACUAUAAACCCCUGCGCAAGUCACCGUCCCUGCUCCCACCGCUGCUGCACCUGUGGGGCACACGGUGGACAUCGUCGAAAUCGACGGUCAAACUGUCAUGGUGGUGGUGGUGGUGGUGGUGGUGGUGGUGGUGGUGGUGGUGGUGGUGGUGGUGGUGGUGGUGGUGGUGGUGGUGGUGGUGGUGGUGGUGGUGAGGAUGAUGAUGAUGACGACGACGACGACGAUGGGGGAGGGCCGGGUGCUUGCUGCACAUAAAAGACAAAAACGCCAGAAGUUUAGGCCUUCCCGUUGCAUUUGACUUUGCUUCUCGAUCUUUUUACUUCAGGCUCGCUGUCUGAAAAUUGCGUCAGCCUGUUACUACUACCGCAGAUUUCAUUUCAUGCGUUGGAUGUCGUUGACAUGAUUUUGGCCGUCUGGCAACUGCAAGAGAAGUGUCAGGAAAUGCAUAAAAACCUCUACACUACCUUCUGAGACCUGAUAGAAGCCUCUGACACGGUGACUCACGAUGGGCUCUGGAAAAUUAUGCUUAAAAUCAAAUUUUCUGAGCGAUUUACGCACAAGGUGCAUCAGUUCUACUACGAGAUGAUGGCGCGCGUCACGGACCACGAGACAGUCUUGGAAGCAUUCACAGUGACCGAUGAAAUGGAGCGGGACUGCUUUCUCGCGCCCAACGUCUCCACUCUCAUAUUCUCCGCCAUGCUAACGGACGCCUACCCUGAUGAGCACCCUGGAAUCAGUAUCUACUGCAGGACCGAUGAAUAUCUUCUCAACAGCCGUCUCAUGCAGGUCCCAACGCGGCUCUCUACGAUUACUGUCCACAGCCUGCUCUUUGCAAACGAUUGCUCUCGACAGCGGAACAGAAGUUGA